GAUGUGUGUGUGAGUCCCACAUGGGGUGUUGGAGUGGGUACAGGAAGGUGGAGUUUUGUCACCUUACAUUGUCACAUGUCCAGGACGGUUUAGUUGCAUGAAGCUGUCUGCCUGGUGUCUGAAAGGAAAGGAAAGCAGAAGAACAUGAACGUGAUCUGCACCUUGCUCGUGUGUAUUGUUGUUCCUGGUUCGACACAGGAUUUAUCCAGCGCCAGUCCGACACUGUUCCUGAUCUCGGGUCCAGAGGUGUUGCGCGCUGGCACACCGACUCCGCUGGCCGUCACUGUUUUUGAUGACUUCCCUGGCAGGGUGACAGCCGAGGUGGCGCAUGGUGACACUAAAGUCACCCAAACGGAGGACUUUCAAGGAGGUUUGACCAGUAUCCUCACUCUUCCUCCUAUUCCCGGCUCUAUAACUCAGAAUUCCCUCCUCAACUUGACGGUGAGGGGCUUCAAGGAGGACGCUGUCAUUUUCACCAACACCACCACCCUCAGCUUCGACCUCAGGAAUGUCUCCACCUUCAUCCAAACCGACAGAUCGCGUUAUGAACCCGGGGACACCGUCAAAGUCAGAAUUGUCGUCAUCCAGCUGGAUAACCAUCCAUACAAAGGCAGAGUGGACGUCUCUGUCCAGGAUCCCAGUGGGAAUGUUGUUGACAGGUGGGAGUCCACAGGGAAUCUGGGAAUCGUGUUGCAGGAAUUCACUUUAUCCCAGACGCCUCCACUUGGACAAUGGACCAUCACAACCACAGUGAAUGGCGUGACUGAUGAGAAAGAGUUCACUGUGGAGCUUUACGAGCGUCCUCGCUUUGAAGUGCUGGUCAAGAUGCCUUCACAGAUCCUCGCUGGAGAUGAUAUCACAGGAUCAGUGAGAGCGCUUUACCCCAGUGGACAGCCUCUACAUGGAACAUUAGCUGUUUCAGUUAUUAUGUAUGAUGCUGUAAAAAACACGUCUUCUCCGUUCCUGCUUACGCAAACGACAGAGAUCUAUGGAUCAGCACAGUUCUUCUUCAGCAAAGAUCAGCUUCAGGCUCUACACACUUCAUCAGCGUUCAGCAGCAGCGACCACGUCACUGUUCACGUUGCUGCCUGUGUUAACGACAGCGUCACAGGAUUUAAAGUGAACAAAACGGUUAAAGUCCACUUGAUGAAGAACACAUUCCAACUUAUGUUCCACCAUUUUCCACCCUCACUAAAGCCCGGUUUACACUUCUUUACAAACCUUAGUAUCUCAAGAUAUGACCAAAUGCCGCUCAGCACGUCCGACCGGAUACAUUCUGCCGUGGUUGAGGUCACUCAGAGAACCGCUAUGAUGAACGGGGAAACUACAACUCUGACUCUUCCUGUGCCCGAGGAUGGAAACGUCCACAUUCAGUUUAGAUUGCAGGAUGAAGUCGUGAUGCUUUUUAUUCGGGCCAGAUUCCAGUCCAGUGAGGAGACUCUGAAGGUUUACACCAACCACUCCUCUCCCAGUGGAUCAUAUGUUCAGAUCUUGCCAGUCGACACCUUACCUGCACAGAUUGGAUCGCCUUUUGUGCUGAGUGUGGAGGCCACCCUUCAACCAGCGGAGCUUCACUUUGUGGUGAGCUCUCAAGGUCAGGUGGUGUCUGCCGGAACGACAAAGUCCCUCUCGUUCUCUCUGACACCAGCGCUGUCCUGGUCCCCUGAGGCCUGCGUCACCGUCUACUGCAUCCUGUCGGACGGAGAGGUUGCCGCUGACACAGCACGCAUACCCAUCAGUCAACACAACCACGUGUCUCUAACCUGGAGCGUUUACGGGGCCCAGCCGGGUGAGAAGGUAUCGCUCACCGUGGCCACCCUUGAAUCCAGGUCCCAGGUGGGAGUCGUGGUACUGGGGACGCACGACGACGCUCUGGAGUCCGACCUGGACGUCAAAGUGGAACAGGACUGUAAUCUUAGGAUGCUGACCAAUGCAAGGCUGUAUAAGAAGAAGCAGCCUGAUGGAGCUAAAAAUGAAGGACAUGUCCUGAUGAUACAGAAGUACUGGAGACACCUGUUGAAUGUCAAUGAAUCCUUCCUGUGGUUAGACACGACUGUAAGCGAGAAAACAUGGACAAGUGGGGAAAUAACAGUACCUGACGGUGUCACCUCUUUGAAAGCAUUUGCGCUGGUGAUGUCGGAGAACCUGGGUUUGGGCUUCACUCCUGUUCCCCAGAAGCUGAUCGUAUCCAAGGAUUUCUCCUUGUCUAUGGCUGUCCCUCCACACCUGAUCAGAGGAGAGGAGAUCGUGCUGGAAGUGAACGUCAUCAACCAUUUGGGGCAGGACAUAGAAGUCAUUGUGCUGCUAGCGCAGAGCGAGGCCUUUGAGUUUGUUUUGACAGACCGCAGGCAAGCGUCUGUUAUAAAUGCACAAAAACUCACCUUAAGGAGUCAUGUGUCUGCUUCAGCCCUAUUCCCUAUAAGGCCGCUGGCUGUGGGCGAGAUGGAAAUAUCGGUGGACGCCGUAUCUGCAGAGGGCUCAGACGGCCUUGCUCGGAGAGUGACAGUGAAGCCCGAAGGAGUCGAACAGUCCUUCUCGCAGACUCUGUUCCUGGAGCUCGAACCAGACAAGUACAACAGUUCCAGAUCCGUCUCCUUCUCCUAUCCAGCAGAUGUGGUGCCGGGCAGCCAGAGGGCCUACGCGGUGUUGGUUGGUGAUAUCUUGGCUUUGUCCAUCAACAACUUGGAUUCCCUGGUUCAGAUGCCUCUUGGAUGCGGAGAGCAGAACAUGAUCCGCUUUGCUCCAAGUGUUUAUGUUCUCCAGUACCUGGACAGGACACCCCAAGACAACGCGGAGAUCAGGAGCAGGACUCUGCGCUACAUGAUGGACGGAUAUAAAAGACAGCUGAGCUACCAACGAGACGACGGUUCCUUCAGCGCUUUUGGAUCCAACGACACUGCUGGCAGCACAUGGCUGACAGCCUUCGUGCUGCGCUCCUUCCUCCAGGCUCAGCCCUACAUACAGGUAGACCAGAGCGUCCUGUCCAGGGCCAUAACUUGGCUCUUCAAGCAACAGGGGCCCCAGGGGGAGUUCAGGGAGGCGGGCAGGUUGAUCCACACAGCGAUGCAGGGCGGGCUGGACGGUGGCCCGGUGGCGCUCACUGCUUACGUACUGGCAGCAGUUCUGGAGGGCGUGACUGAUGCGAUCUUGUACACAGACAAUGUGUCUCUGGCUGAGAGCUACCUGAGGAACCAGGUGUCCAGUGGCGCUGUGGGUAACUACAGCCUAAGCCUGGCGGCCUAUGCUUUAGCUCUGACCGGCAGUCCGGUAGCCGGCACUGCCCUCAAUGAGCUCAACAGGAGAGCUGACUACGCAGACGGAGUCAAGAUGUGGAGAUCCUCUACUGGCCUGAGGUCGCACGACCUGCGGCCCGGAUCAGUGCAGAUCGAGAUGGCCUCUUAUGUGAUGCUGGCUCUGUUUAGGCGUGGCAGUUUUAUUGAGGGCAUUGCGCUCAUGAAGUGGUUAAGCAGACAGAGAAACCAUCUCGGGGGCUACGGGACGACGCAGGACACCGUCGUUGCCAUCCAGGCGCUGGCUCGCUACGCUACGUUCAGUGGUGCCAACACCAUUAACCUGAGGUUUAACAUAUCUACUCCAACAUCUUCGUCACUGUUUCGAAUCAACUCCACCAACUAUCUAUCGUAUCAAAGCCAAGAGAUUAACGCUGAAAAAGAUCCACGUCUAAAUAUAUACAUGGAAGGACGGGGGUUUGCCUUAUUUCAGCUGAACGUCUUUUAUCACCUGGAGACCGAAGCGUUUUCACAGCACCUAAAGCAAACCAGAGACGAGGAAGCGUUCUCGUUAGACGUCGAGGUCGUGGACGACGGUGACCACAAUCACAUCAUGUUGUCUAUCUGCAUGAGAUUAAAGGACAAUCAGGCGAUACCUCAAACAGGCAUGGCUAUACUGGAUGUGGGCAUGCUCAGUGGGUUCACUCUCUCACCUGGAGCUGCUGUCCCCGGAGAUCUUAUCAGGAAGGUGGAGGUGUCACCUGAGAAAGUCAGCCUGUACCUGGACUCAAUUACCAAGUCAAAGGUUUGCAUCAUUCUUCCUCUCGUCACAAACUACAAGGUGGCCCACAUGCAGGACGCCGUGCUGCGGGUUUACGACUACUAUGAACCCAGCAGAAAAGCAACAACUACAUACAACCUCCGUUUCCUUCACAACGUGGGCUCCUGCUACUUCUGUGGCGUGAACUGCAAUCACUGCAAGCCAGCAAUGACCAUCAUAAAGCCCUCUAGUUACUCGAGCAGUAGCGCCAUCUACAGCCUGAGUUGCCUGUUCCUAGCACUUGCUUCUUUCCUUGUUGUAGUCUGAGUAGAAUAGAAUUUUAAACAAGACACAUAUAUUGAGAGAAGCAGCUGUAGUAUGUACACCUGUAUACACUUUAAUGUGCACUGGAUGCAUUUUUCUUUUAUACAAAAUCUGUUACUUCUUGACAAAUGAUUUUAAUAUUUAGGGCGACUGAUGGCGUGACACUUGCUCAGUGCACAGUGGCGCCCUCUACUGUUUACAUGUGUUUAGUUUUGUAUUAUUUUUGAAUCUGAAAUGACUGUCCUUGGAAACUUUGUACCUGUUAAAAGUUCAUUUAUGUAAGAAACCCGUUUUUAUGGUUUGGUACAUUAUAAAACCAUUAAAUAUGCAUUUCUACUUACGUC